UCAUUCAGAAGUUCACGAACUUUCUCCGGCGAUGCAAUAGAAGACCUCUGUUGAUUUGAGUUGCCGAGACGAUCCCCACGACUGCCGCCGAGAGUCGCCAUGAUCGGCUCUGAGGUUCCCCCGGAAAAUGAACCCUGAAACGAAUCGUUCCGCUUUGAUAGACCCCGACUACAACACAAAAGAGCUGUCUGCAGGCUUCUUCUUCACUGCCAGCAAAAACUGUCAUUGCUCUAAAUCUGUCAGUGCAAACUUACAAAACGUCCAUCGUAAAUAGGCAUGAAGUAGGAAUUAUUCAUCUCAGCUGACAACCAGAGGACUGGAUUGUAAAGGGGACACGAUGUCUGACGCUGAAGGAGACCGCAGUCCAGACCAGCUGAACAGAUUCCAGAGACUGACAGGCAGGCCGCCGCACGCUGAGACGUUAGCAGGUCAUCGUGCUCCCCCUGCCCGCAGUGGCCACCGCUGUGUCGCUGACAACACUAACCUGUACGUGUUUGGAGGUUACAACCCUGACUACGAUGAGUCAGGAGGCCCAGAGAAUGAAGACUAUCCACUGUUCAGGGAACUGUGGAGGUACCACUUUGCCACAGGCUGCUGGCAGCAGAUUCGCACGGAGGGCUACAUGCCCACAGAGCUGGCAUCUAUGUCAGCUGUUUUGCACGGGAACAACCUCCUGGUGUUUGGGGGCACUGGGAUUCCCUUUGGUGAAAACAAUGGCAACGACGUACACGUUUGUAAUGUGAAGUACAAGCGGUGGUCGCUGCUCAACUGUCGAGGGAAGAAGCCCAAUAGAAUCUACGGACAGGCAAUGGUUAUUAUAAACGGCUUCCUGUAUGUGUUUGGAGGAACAACAGGUUACAUCUACAGCACAGACCUUCACAGGCUUGACCUGACCACCAGGGAGUGGAUCCACCUGAAGCCCAACAACCCUCCUGACGAUCUGCCUGAGGAACGGUACAGACAUGAAAUAGCUCAUGACGGACAGAGGAUCUACAUUCUAGGAGGGGGAACUUCCUGGACAUCGUACCCUUUAGACAAGAUACAUGCUUACAAUCUGGAGACCAAUUCCUGGGAGGAGAUUACAACAAAACCUCAUGAUAAAAUAGGGUAUCCUGCUCCUCGGAGGUGCCAUAGCUGUGUACAAAUAAGAAGUGACGUAUUUAUCUGUGGAGGAUACAAUGGGGAACUUAUAUUAGCUGAUCUUUGGAAGAUCAACCUGCAGACCUUCCAGUGGAACAAACUUCCAGCUAUGAUGCCUGAGCCAGCCUACUUCCACUGUGCUGCUGUCACCCCGGCUGGCUGUAUGUACAUCCACGGUGGCGUAGUGAACAUCCAUGAGAACAAGAGGACUGGCUCUCUGUUUAAGAUAUGGCUGGCUGUACCCAGUCUGCUGGAGCUCUGCUGGGAGAAGCUCCUAAAGGCCUUCCCACACCUGACUUCACUCCCCACCAUGCAGCUGCUCAACCUUGGCCUCACACAGGAACUCAUUGAACGCUUGAAAUAGGCUGCAAGGAAGGACUAAUGAAUCAAUGAACGAAUGGGACCGGAAGGAGAUGACAGAGCACAUUAUUUAAAUCACAGGAAAAAAAAUCUUGGGGAAAUGCCCUCUCCCUCCCCUGCCUAACGUAGCCCGGCCUUAAAACCAUAAACAAUGGGAUGCCUUUUUUCUUUUGGCUCUUAUUUUCGCAGUUUAAGUGAUAAAGAAAAUAAAUGUGGAAUGUUUUAUGGAUUUUACUCAAACCUUUCCCUGGCACCAUUGUUCCUUACAUGAUGCCUUUGUGUCAAACUAAAAACAAAAUCCUGCUUCUUAUCCUCCAAACUGUGGCAGCUGGAAAUACUUUCUGUCACCACGUAUUCAAAGACUAUCCUCUCCUGAUUUUAAAAAACCCGCCUUCUCUCGCACUUUUAAGAAUUCUGUGCAAAAGAAGAAUGCAUGUGUAUUUAUUUGAAGGACUACAUCAGUUUUCAAGGGGGGACUCAUCACCAGAUAUUGAUGAUAUUGCUGUUUGCACACUUUGUCCUACAUAUUUGUGUUCAUCUUCAUUUUUUAAAUAGAUUCUAUAAAGAAAGCAAUGUUUUCAGUCUUAAAGUGUAGGACAUUUUGUGUUUCUGCACAACUUAGCUAAUUCUCUCAUGCUGAAGUGUUUCAAAUUCAUGUUUUUGUGACCUUCCAGGCAACCUUUAGUUUCAGUUUCCUCACUAUGGUACAAAAAAACCACUCCCUGACGCUUUAACCUGCCUGAGUUAUGAAGUCACUCACACUGAUUUUCAUGUUUGUGUAGUUGAAGUUGUUUGUUUUUGUCUCUUAAAAAAUGGCCUUGAGGAGUUUUUUUGUUAGUGCUCAGUUAGCUAAAAUGUGCAGAAACACUCUGUUCUUCAUUAGUGUGUGAAAAAAGUUGAAUGAUGGUUUUGCUCAGAUUGCAAACCUUUAAUUUCCCAUCAUACAUUAUGUUCUAACCCAGUCUGGAAACCCUUGUUUCUCCAGAGUCAAAGAAAGGUGGGUAUCUUAAAGAAUACUAAACUCCAUCUUGUUAGCUUUCAGCUCUCAUUUGUGAACCAAACCAUGCAACUCAUCACUGUGAAUUUGGUGCUCUUUAGAAUUCAUUUUAAAAUGCUUUUAUUUGAAUAAAGACUUCAUUCUGUUCAGACUUUAA